AUGGGUGAAAUCGCAAAUACGUUUAUCUGGGAAAUUGGAAGUUUUCAAGAUUAUGUUAGAAAAAUAUCUCAUGGAGAUGCCUUUUCUAGUCCAAAAUUUUGGAUCCCACAAAAUUGUCAUGAUGAUAAUAUCAAACCUACUUUAUGGCAAUUACAUUUAUAUCCGAAUGGUGAUUUAGGAGCUAGAAAUUAUAUUUCAAUUUCUCUUGAAGCUAUUAAGACACCAUUUGAACGUUCAAAUAAUAUAAACGAGAGAGAACAAAGACACAAACUUGGAAUUGGGAAAACUUUUGUCAAUCGAGCAUCCAGGUCAAAAACUCUUAUCAAAAAAGUUACAGAUAUCAAACAUAAUUACAAUUUCAAUAAUCCACCUGCAACUUGGAGUCUUGACCAAUUUAUUUCAUUGAACGAAAUUUUACCUGAUAGUAAUAGAUCCAGAUCAACUGAUAUCUUUAUUCAAAUUACGUUUAUAGACUCUGAUGAAAGUAUUGAAAGGAAUGAGAUUUUAUACGAAAAAACCGAGAAAGCUUUUGAAGAUGAUGAUUUGGCGGAUAUCGAAUUUAAUUUUGGUUGUGAUAAACCCGUUAAGGCACAUCGUGUGAUUUUAGCGAUGGAAUCCAAAUAUUUUAAAGAAAAAUUUCAAGGAGAGUGGAAAGGGAAGAAAGUUGUAAGAAUUGAAAAUACUACUUGUAUGGCAUUUCGUGCUGUUAUCUAUUUUAUAUAUACAGGAAAAAUGAUGUAUGAGGGAUGUAAUGGAUGUUGUCGUCUUAUUAACAUUCAUAAUGAAACUCGUAAAUUAGCUGAAAUGAUGGGAUUAACGAAGUUAAAGUGCUUAAUUGCAAAGGAAAUGCCUAGAUCUUUGAAUAAAGGCAAUUGGGACAAAUUUUUAUUGGUGGGAUGGAAAACUAACGAUAAAUUUUUAAAAGAUAUCGUAUUGGAAUAUGUUGCAAAGAAUUGGGAAGAGUUCAAGAAAGGUAAAGGGAUGAAACGUUUAUUAUUAGUUGCGAACGAUGAAAUGGAAGUAAUAGAAGAGUUGUUUGCUAUUGUUAAUAAAAAAAAGCAAAUGGCGAUGUGGUAA